AUGCCAGAAACACCGGCAUUGACAGGCGAAGGAGCAGCUCGUGGAUCAUUUCACAAACAACCACGGCGGCGAACUUGGGCCGAGAAGGUCAAUGAGGAUCAGGCCAACUGGAGAUCGACAAGCGAGCUGAAAUGGAUGAAUGAUAAAUGA